UGCCGGUUGAAACUUGACCGAAUACUACAUUUAAACGUUUGUAAAUGGUAGCGUAGUAUGGCUGCCCGUGCCUUUGUUUUCAAGCUCUCACCGUUGGUGAGAGGACGGUUGUGCGGUACAGCCCUCGCCGCCCGCACGUUUCGGUGCACCGCAGCUCGACCUCAGCUGCACAGAGCGGAGGGGACCAUCGCUCUGUCAGGCAGACUGGACCGAUUCGGUGGAGUGACAGUGAACCUGGCUGAGAUCGGUUUACCGGCGGACAUCAGCGAAAGCUCGUUCAGCAAACUGCUGCAAGACUCCUUGCUCCAGUGGAAGGCAGAAGGGAAAGUUGCAGUGUGGCUUCGAGUACCCAUCUCACUGAGCCGAUGUGCCGCCGCCGCCUCCGCUCACGGCUUCGCCUUCCAUCACGCCAAAGACGACCACGCUGUGUUGGCCCUCUGGUUGGGACAAGGGGAAAGCAGGCUGCCGGGGUUUGCAACUCACCAAGUUGGAGUGGCAGGUGCAGUUGUUGAUGAAUCCAGUGGAAAAGUUCUCGUCGUCCAAGACAGAAACAAGACAAAGAAUGCUUGGAAGUUCCCCGGUGGCUUGUCUGAUCCGGGAGAAAAUAUUGGUGCCACUGCCGUUCGUGAAGUCUUGGAGGAAACCGGCGUUCGCUCUGAGUUCAGAUCGCUGCUCAGCAUCCGGCAGCAGCACAACCACCCCGGCGCCUUCGGCAUGUCGGACAUGUACAUCAUCUGCCGCCUCAGCCCGCUCACCUACGACAUCAACUUCUGCACUCAGGAGUGUCUGCGCUGCGAGUGGCUGGACCUCGCCGAGCUGGCCCGGACCGACGACACCACGCCCAUCACCUCUCGGGUAGCCCGGCUUCUGCUUCACGGCCUGGAGCGCGGUUUCCGCGAGAUCGACCUCGGCAUGGAGGAGCUUCCUGCCGUCUACUCUGGGAUGUUCUACCAGCUGUACCACAGGCAGCUUCCUGUGGCGCUAAAAUCCUAGCAUCGUCAACCUGAUGGGGUUAGCAUAUCACGGCUAUCUGUGUUGACACACGGUUGUCAGUAUUACUCAUAUUUAAAGUGUAUUUAUGGCUGGAAUUAUGUUUGCAGUGUGUUUCACACACUAACUGUUACUGUUGAAGAAAUGUGGUGCAAUACUGUGAACUACAACAUUCACUUGGUGGUUUUUAAGUAAUUAUGCCACUGUGGUAUCUGUAAGACUGCAGAGUUUUAUACGGCCAUGUUGGAAGUCCAGCUGUUGGGCAAUCGUGGCUGCAAGCAGCUGUUUUUAAACUAUUUUUUAACUGGGAACAGGUCGUUUUGUGACCAGCAUUGAGUCUUCAGCUUGUUAAAAAGUUAACCACCAGCGUUAACUGACCACAUCCUGGCAGAAGCUAACGUUAGUGGCUAGUAGCUGUAAUAUUAUAUAUUAAUAUGGGCUGCUUUGCUAAUUAGUGUACUGACUGGUCAAACAAGUCAUCUUUUUGUUAACUUGCCUUUCUGUUCUUGAAUUAAACAUCAGUCACAACACUUAUGUUGAAUUUGCUCCAGUGCAAUGCAAUGUUUGGACUUCUUCGCACAAGUCUCAACAAGACAAACUCAGGAAAACUGAAGUAGUGUUUGGGUUUUCAUUGUAGUCCGCUUAGUUUUGAUUCUGUCAAACAACAUUUUGCUUCGCAAGAUCAGAAAAUCUAAACUUCAGUUAUUUAGCUCAAUCCCGUCUCCUCGCUUCUCUUCAAGUUACAAUAAUGUGAGCGCAUUUUCUGAAAGCCGUGCUAUGUUGGAGAGAUCUCAAUAGUCUUCUACAGACCCUACAUCUUGUAGCUAAACGCAGACUGAGCGGCAGGGGGAAGGACAGAAAGGUAAAAUGAACAAACAAAGCUGUGCAGUCGUACUGGAGGGGUGCACUUGAGCAAGGCACCUGUCUCCGGUAGACUGAUGUAGCUGCUGGCUGGUCCACAGUAAAAGCCUGGUUUUACUGGGAAGCAGCCACGUGUGAAUGUGUACCACUGUUUGAAAGGGAAGCUGAGUAAGAGCAGACACGUUCAGGAGAAAAAAAGUCCGUAGGAUAUAACAGUCGGAAAGCAUCACAGCUAUUUUGGGCAAUGUUGAUGGAACUUCAUUCAUUGCCGUCACAUCUUCUUCUUUGUUGCUGCCAUCGAGAUGUUACGACUUCUCAGCCUGAUCCCAGAUUAGCACUUGGCAGACAUUGGAAGAAAAAGAAUGGCCUUUUGACCCGGUCCAGUUUUGCUUCCAGACUUGUACUGGCCAGUCCGCUUCAGUGCCACGUACAUGUUCGGGUACUUCCUGGAGCGGUAGGUGUUGUAGUUGUUGCUCUCAAGCCGCUCUAAGAAGUGGCAUUCGUCUGUUGCUCGUCUCUGGAGGGAAAGAUGAGAGGAAUAACACAACUUUGAUUAGAUGUUUGGUGUAGUGAAGGUGACUCUGCUGUUCAGUGAGGGGUUUCAGGAGAUUUAAACAGGAGAGUCAGCUGCUGGGACGUCCUGUCAUUCCCAUGCACAUAAAGUAGCUUGCAAACUUCAGUCUUCAGAAAACUGAAACUGAUCUGAAAUAUGUUGGCCAUCAUCCUCAUUCACUGUUUUACAAGAAAUGGAAACUGAAGUCAUUUUAGUCUGUACGUUAAAUAACAUGCUAAUAAUCCUCACUUCUGUUAAAAGUCAACCUGAAGGACAUGUGCUCACUUGUAAAAGCAUUUCGUCAAACACUUUACUUUGUUUGGUUGAUAUUUGAUUACAUUUGUUUAGUAUAUGUUGUUGGAAAGGGACAUUUGUAAUGCUGACAUUUUAUAAUGUGAAAUUAAAACAUAAAACACCCAGAACUAAAUGCCACCUUUAUUUAGAAGGAGACUGCUGGUUUAGAAUAAUUCCUGCUCAGGGUUUCACACUUACACAGUACAGACUUUUGUUUAAAGGAAACAGGGACAUUAUGACCGCUCGAUUCAGGUUUUGUCUCAGUCCAGCCUCCUUGAAUCAUGAUUAAACAUUAAACAUGGAGGUGAGCGUAACUAUUGUGACGACACGGUUUCACAAGGGCCAAAGAUGUAGAGCACCUAAAACUAAAUAAUGUCGCUCCAGUGCCGUCGUGUUAUUGAUGAAAUCUAUUUUUUGUCUGGCUGGGCGUUAACUGCUCUACACCCUGCCCAACAAGAGGCUUUUGUUUUAGUUUCUGUUUUUAGGCGGCCACGACUGCACAGCUACGGAGCUGUUAGCCUGGAGACCUUUUCGUUCAACUGCAUCAAACACCCACUUCUACUUUGUUCAACUCAUUUGCAAAAACAGUCAUCAAACAAUAAUCCUACCGCAAUGCUGAAAAUGCGCAGCAGUGUA